CUACGGACACAGCUCACUAUAUGUACGUGGCCUCGGAGAAUGCGAUGUUGAACGACAGAUAUGAAAUGGCCAGAACUGAGAACAUGAUCUGAAACGCGAAUUUUAUCUUCCCUGGGGUGAUGAUGGCGACAGACGGCAGCGAAUGGGAGCGCGUGGGUUCGGGCGGCAGAGGCGCUUCUGGACGGAGUGAAGCGAGCUGGCCUAGAGACUGGUCGUAUAUAACCGCGUCCUGCGCAACCAACUUGCCCUCUCGGUCCCGCUCCCUUGACCUCUCCGGGCACGCUCAAUGCGACUAUAGCCUUCGUUCCUGGGCCACUGAAAGCCGUUCAGGCCGUCGCUCGCAGCGCAUCAUGCUAUUCAUGUUCUUCCUCUCUCUCUUCGGCUCUCUUGUGUUGUGCUGUGUCCUUUUCCCAUCGCUAUGGACAUCAAUAACGUCGGGAGAUGACUUGUUGGAUGCACACGAGGCUGGCAUUGCUCUGGUGGCGUACCGCGCCCCGUUCCGUGAGGUGGGGCCGCCAGUAUGCAUGGCAAAGCUCAUCAUGCUGAGACACAAGAUCAACCAAGACAAAACUCGGAAGCGGGCUAGUGUCAGCCGUACCCGUCAGGCUGCCUUCACAUACUCUAUCCCACCCAUUCGAUCCUCUCGCGACCUCUCUUUCAUGCGCUUGGGUAGGAUGCGCGGAAAGCAGAAUCACUAAUACGGUCGUCUUGUACGCGGUGCCCCAUGGCGCCUUUAUACCCGGACGUAGAAUACCUUCAAUCCGUUCUUUCGGGACUCUACG